AUGCUGGACGAGCUCGGCCAGAGUGCAGACGUCCUCCAGGCAGCAGCAGCUGAAUCUUGUUCCCUCCUCCUCCGCAUUCUCUCCGAUCUUUCAUCGCCUGUACGUUCUCUGAAAACGCCGGGUGUGUUUUCCGACUCUUUCCUUCCGUUUUCCGAGUUUUACUGCCGACGUUUUUCUGACUCAGCCUUCACCCUUAUGGCCCGAGGUCCCGGCUCAGACGGCUCGGUGAAGCGACCGCUGAUGUCUGUAGAAAAUCUGGGCCAGUACCGGCUCGUUCCAGAUGUGGAGUACGCGGCCGACAUGAAGGAUCCAGUGGUCCAGCAGCAGAGCUGCUGCCAGCCGGAUUGCUGGGAGGAACUUCUCCACAGUGUUGGAUUCAAUCUGUUCAUCUCCACCUUGAUCGUGGCAAAUGCCAUCGUCAUCGGCUUGGAGACGGACAACGCUGGGGAAGUCUGGGCAGUGAUGGAAAUCGCUUUCCUAUGUAUCUUUGCCAUCGAGCUGCUUCUGCGAAUUCUGGUCUCUGGGCCAGCAAAAUUCUUCGCGUACGCGAAUGAAGACUUCAGCUGGAACCUUUUUGACUUCUGCGUUGUGAUCGCUGGCUUCCUUGAUGUCAUGUUCGACUUCUCGCCAGUGCGGCAUGAGAAGGGAAGCUUCAUGACCUUUCUCCGCAUCAUUCGGUUAUUGAGAGUCAUGCGGAUGAUCCGUCUCUUGCGAUUCUUGCGGGACUUCCAUGUUCUGACAUUCGGCUUUGCAGCAGCUGCUGUAGCCAUCAGAAACGUGUCCCUGCUGAUGCUGGCAGCAAUCUACGUCACCUCGAUUGUGUGCGUGCGGUUGAUCAUCCCGUUCAUGCAGGACAACGAGCACCAGGAGUUUCUGAACGCUCACUUUGGCUCUCUUCGGAAGUCCAUGCUCUCGUUGUUCUUCCUGCUGUCUGAGCCGGACUUGAUGCCCUACUGGGAUGUCUUGGAGUCCGAUGCUCUUUUUUCUGCCUUUCUCAUUGCCUUUGUCGUCUUCGUGAGCUUUGGCAUCGUGGGUCUACUAACUGGCCUCGUUUGUGAGAGUAUGUUCGACAAGAACGAUGCGAAGAUUGAGCAGGAGCGUGCAGAGGCUGAAGAGAAGCGCCAGAGGAUCAUUAAAGGCUGCGAGGGAAUCUUCGAGACCAUCGCAAGCUCGCAAGGUCAUGCUUCGAUCGAAGACAUCAUGCAAAUCCUUCCUGCGCUUGACGAACUCUGCGUCGAAGAGAAUGUGCCCUUCGCUCGAGAGGAUCUCGUGAACACAGUGAACUGCAUGGACACCGAUGGCAGCGGUUCCAUCGACAAGAAGGAAUUCUGCCAGAGUAUUGUGCACUUGGCAGAGGGCUUACGGCCCAUAUCGAUCGUGGAGUUGCACUACAUCACGGCACAGACCAAGGUGAAAGUAGACAGGUGCGAAAGUCUUCUUGCUGGCAUCGCGCAGCACUUCGAGCUGGACAUGCAGGCCUCUUCCAAGUCAUCGCCGAGCUUGCAGGUUCUGCGCCCCGCCGGCCGAUCCCGAACCGGGCCGAAGGAACGUGUUUCGCCACUUUCGCCCUCCAAAUUUAACAGCAAUCCCACACGGGAGCGAGUGCAGCGGCAGCUUUCGGAGACCGACCUUGCCCAUGUUGGCUCCGAGACGCCGUGGACGAGUGUCGCCAAGGAACUCGCAGACAUCAGAGACACGAUGUUGAAGGAACUGCAGUCAUCGAAGGCGAUGGUGUCAGAGGCCAUUCGAAGCGAUGGAGACAUGGAGCGCAGUCUCCGCGAGGUCGAAACCGUCCAACGAGAGAUGUCUUCUCAACUCCAGCUUCAGCUGAACACGGUGGUGGAGGCAACUCGCCAGGUUCACACAGGCAUACUGCGUGAAGUUGCGUCCAUGCAGUCCUGUGUGUCAACGACCUUACAAUCCUUGGCACAGCAGAAUGCUGCCCAUGUCGAAAGCUUGACGCGGUGCCAGUAUCCCGCGCCAGACCUUUGCAACGCGAGACAAAGUUCUCACGUACACCAGGAGCUUGACACUUGGAAGCAUUCUUUCUUUGCUGAGCUGGAGGCGAUGCAUCUGAGCCUGGCGCCAACAGCGCAGCCGUGGAAGACAGCAAGCAAGACCUUCCGACAGCAUGCCAAUGUGCCGGAUGUCCUGGACAAUACAUUGUCUCCUGCAAAUGGAACCCUUUCAACAGCCAGGGAAGCUGCCGAGAGGAUAGCAGCUGCUGCUCUUCGCCACAGUGCCAGUCAGCGCAGCGAGGUGCGCCUGGCAGAGCGGUCCACGCCCACCUCUGCCUCCUCGUGGCCGCCGUCCCCAGAUGUGUCUGAUGCCACCAGGCAGUCUCCCAACGAACCGGGCAUUUUUGCUGAGCAUUCGCAGAGCAUCCGCAGAGCCCUGGAGGCGCUGGAAGGAGCCGUGUGUACCGUUUCUGGCGGGGAUGGUUCCAUUCCCGCCGUGCUGGCAGAAUUCCAAAGGAAGUUUCUGCAUCAAAAGGUGCACUCAGCACGCGAGAGCUUUCUGCAAGAAGACCCAGUUCAUGCUGGUCACAAGUCUUCAAACAUGAUGAGGCUGAUGCUGAAGCACCCGAAAUUUGCGGACAUCUUGUGCAGUACUGCGCGAGGCCUGGCUGAGAACUUCGCUGAGCGAGAGCUCCGGCCACUGCUUCAUGCCGACCUCUCGCGUCCUUCUCCAAUGCCCCUGGCACUAGCAGGUCGGGCCUUGAAGCCCGAUUCCGAGGUCACCGACUCUUUGAAGGCUUUCUGGCGAAGCUUUGUUGAGGUGGAGACCAAGAAUCGGAUGCUGCGCUUGUUGGCAUUCAUGUACCAUCAUUUGCGGGAUCCAGCGGAGCCUGGCCAAGGUGCGGAAGGCAGUAUCUGCCAGGACGACAUAGAUGAGAUCUGCGGGUUGCUGGCAGGGCAUUUGCCGGUAGGGCACCACGAGGUCUUAGCGCUUGGCAUCGAGGUUUUCUUGUCGCUGAGAGCUGUUCACGCAAAGGAUGAGGCGGCAACGACCAGGACGGCAAUUCAGCCAGAGUGCCUUUACCUGCUUCGCCUCGUACAACUCUUGCGACUACGUGAGCCGCGGCUGCCAGAGUUCGUAGUUGAUCUCGAGGCUGCCUUGGAAUCAUUGACCAGCCAGCCCGAAGUUCACGCCGGAGUCAUACGCUUCUAUGCGGUGCCCUUGCGCAGAUCCAUUCUCCAGCAGUAUCCAAGGAGCAGUGCGGCGGAGCUUGUCCAGAGCUUGGCGAAGCUAUUGAGGGACUGGGAGCUGACCGAGACCCAGGCACAUCGAGAAGCAUUGCUGACAUUUGCAUUUACCCAGCUUUGCUUCUACAGCCCUGCACAUGUGGCAUUGGAGGCGUCGAAGGAUGCCUUUUCAACGAGGCUUGGGAUUGACUUGGCACGGCUUCAAGCCUUGCAGGACAUCUUGCCGCCGAAGCUGGAUGAGGUCGCGCAAGAGUGGCCCCAUUGCCGGCUCUCCGUGCACAGCGAGGUCUUGCUGCUGGAAGCCACGCUCGAGAGCCAGGUCUUCUGCCUCCUUCGCUUGGGUGGCUCAUGGAUGCUGUGGGCAAAUUCGCUGGAUGCAGCUGUUCUGACGGACGGCGGCCAAGUCCGAGCAUAUUUCGGCAUUACCUGA